UCUCCCACUAAAUGCUAAACUCAGGUCUGUUUUCACUGUCCAUCAGAAAAAUGGGUUCCUGACAGACUUGAAGAGGAAGCAUCAUGAUAUCAUCACUGUCAAUUGUACUGUAACCCACACCCCCCACAUUCCCUUUUCAGUUUUUUUCUUCCUCCUCCUCUGUUUUAUUCUCAAAGGGGUUUCUCUGUUUUUCUAGUUUCUUUUCUCUUUUUUUCUUUGUUGGGAGCUCUAGAAGAAAGGGUUUUGCUUCUUUGUUUGUUUCUUUGCCUCUUGGAAUGGAGUCUCUUGGGUUCUUGUCAUUAUCAUCUUCUUCCUCUGCAAAAGGAAAGAAAUUUCCGUCAAAAUCGAACCGGCCAUGCCAUUUUUGUGGGGAGUCGGCCAAUCCAGAUAUCUGUGUGACCUGUUGCAUUUGCAAGGUCUCUCAUGUGCAUCUCUAUUGCCUGCAUAAGAAGCUUGGGACAGUUUCAGAAAAAUGGUAUUGCGAAGAAUGUAAGACCUUGUUGAGUUUCCAGCAGGAGCUUCCAGAUCAGCUUGCUAUUCAUGCUACAUGGAAGGGAAGCUUUGAAAUUCUCGAUUCAGUUCUUCUGGGUGGAACCUAUGAAGGACUACAAGCUCAUCUUUCAUGGAAAGUUCGUCGCAAAGUUUAUGAGGUUGCAAAUGCAAUGCCCAAUGUGCUACAGUUAAAGUUGUAUCCUCGUGCCGAUGUGUGGCCAGAGGAACUCAACAGAUUGUCUCCUACUGUGGAUGAUAUUGCCCUUUAUUUUCUCCCCGGUGAUAAUGAGAGAUUCAGUAAGGCCUAUUAUUUGCUUUCAAAUGUACUCACGACGAGGGAUUCAGCCAUACAGAGCUCUUUGAAUGGUUGCGAGUUGCUGAUAUUUUCCUCCAAACAAUUGCCUGCCAAUUCUCAGAGAAUCAACAAGCAAGUCUUCCUAUGGGGAGUUUUUCAGUCUGUGGGACAACGCUAUUCUUCUUCUCAAGCUUCGGUUAGGAAUCAGCACAAAACUGUCAGCCCUGCUUUAUGCAACAAUGACUAUGGUACCAAUAAAGACUCACUGAACAAUUUUAAAGGGGAUGAUCUUAUGGCAGUCAAAAUGGAAACUGAUAUCAUGGAAGAAAAUACUGAUCAGAGAAUAGAUAAGGCAGACUUGUCAAAUUCUUACCAUGUGGAGAAAAAAAGAAAAGUUGGUGGAGAUCAAGGGCCUUUGUUAACACCUAAAACUGAGCAACCUAGUGAAUUCGAUUCUCCUCCUGGAUUUUUGACACCAAUUACCAGUGACGGUUAUUCUACUAAUCCUUCUUUACUUUUGGAACGUCCUCCUGGAUUUACGAGACCAGAAGCCAACAUUGGUUAUGCUACUAGUCCUGCUUUGCUCUUGGAAACUCCUCCUGGUUUAACACCUAAAGUAGAGCAACCUGGUGAAUUUGAUUGUCCUCCUGAAUUUAUGACACCAUUUGCUACUAGUCCUGCUUUACUCUCGGGAGCUCCUCCUGGGUUUAAGACACCAAAUACCGAAGACUCUUAUGCUACUAAUUCUGCUCUACUCAUGGAAGGUCCUCCUGGUUUUUGUACACCUAUACAGCGGAAAGAAAGAGGUGAUUCCUCUGAUGAAACCAACAAAAAACUUGUAGCUUCUGAUACUAUGGACGCAGUUGCUCUUUGGGCUUCAAAAAGGCAGAGAAGUGCUAGAGGUACUGCAAUUACUAAGUACCUCCAUGUCUCGAGUUUUCAGCCUCAGAAACCUGCAAAGGUUACCGAGACACUGGAGCAGGCAGAACUGCUCUUGCGAAAUCAUCAGGUCUCCAAUCCUGUUCGCGAAAUGCAUUCUACCUCGGAUUGUAAACCAGUUCCAGUUAAGGUGAAGGAGGAAUUUGAUGAAGUUUCAAAAGAUCUGAUCCUGCAGGAUACUACGUCAAGCCCAAUCCCGUUGCAAAUUGAAAAUGUAAAAGAUGGGGAACGCUGGAUCACUGAAGUCUCGAAUGAAAAUGAUCCCAAAGAAGAAGAGCAUGAUAAUGGUUUGAAGUUGACACUAAGGUACGAUGAAAAUAUCGGAUGGCGUGCAGAUGUGUAGUAGAUAUAUGAGCGCAUAGCUAGGAAGAGGAAUUAGAAAGUAUGUAUAGUUUUUGGUGCUAGGCAGAGAUACUUGAAACUGUUGCCAUGUUUUUUACAGUCAAAUUGACAGGAAGUUUUUGUUAUGCAACACAGAAGGCUGGUUUUGUAUAAAGUCUUGAGUCUGGUCUAAGGUGUGCAUCAUUGUUCAGGAAAACAAAAGAAAAUGAACUUAUGUUCAGGCAAU